CCGGUCAUUAUGGUUUACGCGAAAAUCGAAGUAUCUGACCGUUUACCCCCCGCCCGCGCGAAAACUCUUAGUCGCUGAUGGCGCUUGUGGGUAUCGAUGGUGAACGCAAGUCUGGGAUCGACAUUCGAGCUGAACACGCGACAAUGGCGAUCUCGAACAUCGUGAAGUCCUCACUAGGACCAGUUGGGCUGGACAAGAUGCUAGUCGAUGAAAUCGGCGAUGUCACCAUAACUAAUGAUGGUGCGACCAUUUUGCAGCGACUUGAAGUGGAGCAUCCUGCGGCCAAGGUCCUAGUCGAGCUAGCCGAGCUGCAGGAUAGCGAAGUUGGCGAUGGGACAACUUCUGUGGUUAUUAUUGCUGCUGAGUUGUUGAAACGGGGUACGGAACUUGUGAAGAACGGCAUUCAUCCAACAACAAUCAUGAGCGGCUUUCGGCUGGCUCUGAAGGAGGCAGUCAAAUUUGUUAAGUCGAAUCUUAUGGUACCUAUAGAGCAGCUCGGUGAUGAUGCCCUCAUUUCUGCCGCUAAAACAUCGAUGGCGUCUAAGCUUCUCAAUGCAGAUGAGAGCUUUUGGUCGAAACUAGCUGUCGAUGCUGUCCGUUCUGUGAAAACGCAAACCGCUGACGGCAAGGCACGGUAUCCUGUCUCCGCCAUUCAUAUCCUCAAGGCGCACGGAAAAUCCUCCACAGAGUCUGAACUUGUGAGCGGGUUCGCAAUAAACGUGCAGCGUGCUGCUCAGGGGAUGCCUUCUAGUAUCAACGGCGCAAAGAUUGCGCUCUUAGACUUUCCAUUGCAACGUCAUAAAGUGCAGAUGGGUGUGACCGUCCAGGUGGACGAUGUCGGCGAAGUCGAAGGGAUCCGCCAACGUGAGCUAGAUAUAACCAAAGAGCGCAUCCAGAAGAUAUUGCAAGCUGGGGCGAAUGUCGUGCUCACUACCAAGGGAAUCGAUGAUACCUGUCUUAAGUAUUUUGUCGAAGCUGGAGUAUUAGCUGCUCGGCGAGUCAAAAAGGAGGAUUUGACACGUCUCGCACGUGCCACUGGCGGGCGUGUUGUCGUGACACUUGCAGAUAUGGAAGGUAAUGAGACUUUCGACUCUGAGUGUCUUGGUUCCGCUGAUAUCGUUCAAGAGGAGCGGAUCGGAGACGGAGAGAUGCUCUACAUCCGUGGCACUGCGCUGUCCAAGGCGACAACUAUUGUCAUUCGCGGUGCAAAUGAGUUUCAUCUUGAUGAACUAGAUCGCGCACUUCACGAUGUUCUUAUGGUGGUUAAGCGGGUUCUCGAAUCAGCUGCUGUAGUUGCUGGAGGGGGGGCGGUUGAAGCAGCUCUGUCCAUCUUCCUCGAGAAACAUGCACAGACGCUAGCCACACGAGAACACCUUGCCGUCGCAGAGUUUGCCCAGUCAUUGCUGGUCAUUCCGAGGACCCUAUCUGUCAAUGCUGCUCAAGACGCAAUAGAGCUUGUUGCAAAGUUGCGAGCAAAUCAUCAUGCCGCACAGCAAGGAAGUUGUGAUCCACGGCGAUUCUCUGGUAUCCUUGAGCCUGCCAUAUCAAAGAUCAAGUGCCUUCGGUUUGCGACUGAAGCAGCCAUCACUAUCCUACGUAUCGAUGACAUGAUUAAGCUCAACCCAAAACCACCUCCAGAUGAUCCUCGCCAUAUGUAGAGUAGCUGAGUGCUGAAGCCCCGUGGUGCGCAGUACGAUAUGCGCCUUGGUCCGUUCCAGCUAAGCAACGGCGUCUCUUCCACGUUAAAUGGCAACCUGCGAGCCUGUGCACGAGGUGGGUCGUGCGCCAGGCCCCGUUGCUUCCUCCUGACUUUGUUUGGGGGCUACUAUGGAACAUCAGUGAACCGGCGGCAUUAGGCUACACACGCGUGCAGGCGGCCAAAGGGUCGCUCCUAGGCACCUCAUGUGGUGGAACGUACGGGCCCUAACCUUACCCUAUUCCUUUG